AUGAACGCAAAGGAGAAACCUCCGUCCACCCCGCUUCCCCUCUCUCCAUCCCGGCGCCCCCUCCCCCCCUCCCGCCUUCCGCCGCGCAGUCCCCCCGGUUACUACUUCCGGGCGGGCAGCGGCAGCGGGGCCAAGGCGUGGCACAUCCACCUGCCGAUCGGCGGGUGGUGCGCGACCAUGGAGGACUGCGCGGACCGCGGGAAGACGCCGCUGGGGAGCACGCGCAUGCAGGCGGACAAGAACUGGCGCUGGUCCAAGUUUCUCAGCAAGGGGAUGAUGAGCCCGCUCGCGAAGACUAAUCCGCUGUUCUUUAAUUGGAAUUAUGUCAUGCCCGUGUAUUGCGACGGAGGGGGUUUUCAAGGGAAGGCGGGGUUGAGAUCGGUGCAGGGCGGUCCGUCGCUGUACCUCGACGGCCGGAAGGUUCUCCGUGCGAUUCUUAGAGAUGUCCUGGCGACACGUGGCAUGUCGUCAGCCACUGAGGUGCUUAUAUCGGGAGCAUCCGCGGGCGCGCAGGCAGUGACGACCUUUUGUGACUUCAUCGCGGCGCAGCUGCCGGGAGCCACCACCAAAUGCCUCAUGGACUCGGGCGUGUUUAUCGAUGCGCGCGACCGCAAGGGCGGGCGGAGAUUCCGCUCAGUGGCGCAGAAGCUGGUGGCGAUACACCAGUUCCAGGGGAGCGACCGCUGCAGCGCAGAGCACAACUUCCGCACUCCCCAUCCUGCCUUACUAAUUCCUGUCAGACCACCCUCUCCUGUCCCCCACUCCAUCAAUCCAGAGUACAACUCCAGCACCCAGUGGCGCUGCUUCUUCCCGCAGUACUCCCUGCGCUUCGUCUCCCGCCCCGUCUUCAUCGCCAACUCGCUCUUCGACCGCCACGCCGCCGUGAUUGGUAACCAGAUGCCGCUCGAUUUCACCUACGCUGACACGUGCCUGUCGGAGCUCCUCGCUCAGCCAAUCACAGUCAGCCAGCUCCAGAGCAGCAACAUGAGGAGUGUAAUCCCGGUUGCGCAGAAACCGAUGCAGCAUUGUACGGACGCAGAGAGGGAUUCGGUGCUGUCAGUUGCUGUGAAUGUGCUGAACACUGUGGAAGAGUACGUGAAAAGCCACCCACAAUCAGCGGCGUUUCUGCCCGGAACCAUGCAGUUCCUUCCCUACAUGUACGUGUUUUUCCUCAUCAUGCUCAAAUCAAGGUCUUGUUGUAUAGUGAAAGUUGCGUAA